GUGCGGUCUUUUGUGUACUUUGAAUGGAAUAGAUAUGUCUGCAGGAGAGGUGUUCUGUCUACUUUUCUGCUGCAUUGUGCUGCUUUCUUUUAGUGUAUCCGACUCGUGUGAAGCAGGUUGCUAUCCUCCAGCUGAUCUGCAAGCAAACCUAUCAGAUUCAUUAAUUUAUCAGCUGAACAAUGAGACUACACUGGACUUGGAGGCAUCAACCCUUGCAGGCCAGUGCUUUGCCCUUUGCCUCAAUAAAUACAAAGAUUCAGUAAGACCCACGGUAUUUUAUGAACAAUCAGGGGAGUAUUAUUCUGUCUCGUUUGACUCUUUUAAUGGGGACUAUUGCACUGAGUUACAACAGGUUAUGGAAUGUCAGUCUGGUUGCAUAUUACGAAGUAUAAGCAAUAAUAGAUCAGAAUGUCGUCAAAAAUGUCAUGAUGGCUGUUUAUUGGAAUGCAACGGCACCUGCAAGUAUAACAAUGCUAAUACGACUUGCAGCAGACGAUGUAGACGAACUCCCUGUCGAUACGGCUGUGAGGAAUAUGCUGAGAACAUACUGAGCAGUCACACUGGAGGUGAGUUGCCAUUUACUCCAGACACAUUCCUACAAGCAGCGAACAGCAAUACAGCAGGCAUUAUUCAAUUAUCUAUUGAGAGGAGUUCUGCUCCCAACUCAACACUUGUUCAUUCUUUUGUCAUAAAGGUGCAAAAACAGGCCGAAAUUAAAUAUUUGUGGGUGCCAUCACUUAAUGGAGUCAUUUUGAACCUAAGACAAUACUCAUGUGGAGAAGUUAGUCUCUCUUAUGCCCCUGUUAACAUGUAUGGGAGGUCUGUUGAUUUUUCACCUGUAUUGGAUCACUGUGUUAGAGGAGAGUACAUUUAUCCUAACCAGUUGACGAGGAGUGAUCUAACUUAUGAAUAUUAUGAAGAUUAUAGAGAAGGGUAUCUCGGAAAUGCACUAAUAAACGUUACGUGGAACAGUAGUUCACUUUCAUUGGGUUAUGUUACUCACUAUGAAGUCAUCCUAGAAUCUUUCUCAUUACAUCAGGUCACUCACUUUACCAUAGACAAAUACUCAAAGUGGUUUCUCAUUCAAGCAUCAGCCCCCUCCCUGCCUCCUGUCUUUGGUUCGGAAUACAUUUCAUCGUUCAUUGUGCAUCCCGUUUUUCCUGGUGCAGCAUAUCCCCGACAGAAUAUACUCGAGCCACAGUUACUGAUGGACACUCCUAAUAUGACUCUAGAGUGUGUCCCUUUGAUGUCCUUGAAUACAUUGAAUGUCUCCCUGUACUGGAUGCUUGCCAAUGAGUCUUAUAUCCUAGACACAAUACAACAUUUUAGGGUUAAAAUAACAGUUGGAGGCACAGAAUAUCGGGACUUUAUUAUAGAUAAACAAGAUGGCGAGUUUGAGUAUGGAACAGAUGUUGGUCCUUAUCCAUUAUACCACCCAAAUACCAACAAGCAAUACACUAUUAAGGUCAUUGCAACGAAAGACAACAACUACUCCUGGAGGAAAGCCCCCAAGUCAGAAUACUGUGUCAUCAAUGCUACAUGGCGGGCCGUUCCUCCUUCCCCUGUUUCAUGCAUUAAUUCAUCAAGAACUGGUAACAACACGUACACUAUAACAUGGUGCCCACCACAAGAAUCACACUGGAUGUUAUUGUCUUAUCAGAUUGAGCUCAGAGGAGUAAACAGGAUAGUCUAUGCAACAGAAAACUCCACAGACUACACUAUAGAGGUAUUUGACGAAUGCAAGUCAUUCAAGAUCCGCAGUAAAAAUGAUUUUGGAUACGGUGAAUGGAGUGAUGUGUAUCAAGUUGGAGAGAAUUGUGACCCCUCAACAGCUGCUUCACUGCAUUCUUCUCAGCAUAUUUCCACAAUACUUGGUAAUACAAUUAGCCCAUCAUCCCAUUACUACACACUAACUGCCAGUAAUGGAAUCAGUUCCAGUAAGACAGUAAUUAGUCAGUCUACUACCAUUAGCAACAGCCAAUCAACCACAAGUAGUUCAUUUACUAGUGGAGUAAUGGUUACUAUCAGUCGGCCAGUAACAUCAUCUUCUCCUGUUCACUCACUUAAUCCAAGCAAUGACACGUUUCAUUUCAAUGCUACUCUGUACUUUUUACUUGCAGCCAUAACGCUUUUGUUCAUACUAAUCAUCAUAAUGACACUCAUUUUAGUCAUUUUUUGUCUCAAAUACAAGAAGUCUGCAGCCACCACGAGUAUCGAUUUGCCUGAAAUAAAUAAAGACAUUCUACAAGACACUUCGUGGGGCAAAUCCAGUCCCAAUUCAAGCAAUGGGAAAAGGGCUGUCGAAAACUUGUACACAAAAUUCGAAUGCUCGAAUCCAGUAUAAAUAAGAUUUUUUAACAUGCAAGCAUCUGCACACAUCAUUAUUUAUUUUUAUUGCUACAUUUAUUUAAUUUUAUUAGCAUGUCAUUAUCUCUUUAUGUUUUUUGUGAAAUCAA